UUUUCAGUCUGCUUAUACUCCUGUAUCAAGAUGGCUACUACGCGCUUGCUGAAGGACCUUCCAUUGGAAGUUUUAGAACAUAUUGUUUCGUAUCUCCCGUUAUACGAUCGAAAAUCAGUGUCGCAGGUCUGUCGGGCAUUGAACAGUGUAACUUUCAGCCGACGGUUUCUGAAAGACGUGACGCUCUAUUUGGAUACGACCUGGGAUCGAUCGAUGGUUGACUGUCUCCGGACAAGUACCCGUCGUUACCGGAACAUUUAUGUCUUCUCUUUAUCGGACACACUCAGUCAGUACAACUUUGCGUUCAUCGUAGAAAUGUUGGACCGCUUUGGCCUAGAGGUGGAAAGUUUCCACUGCAACAGCAAAUUAUCCGGGAAACAACUGUGGAACGUGAUCAACCGCGUGCCAAACAUUCUAGAGCUGAUCGUCGAAAUAGAUGCAACGAAUUUAAAGUACGGGCAGAACUUUCCCGCAUUGAGGCAACUGCGCCAUUUGGAGUCAGUGAACAACGUGCUGCAGAUCAGGGGCCUCGAUAUGCCCAAAUUAACACGACUUACAGCAAAUUUUGGCACUUCUUCGGAUGCAGUGGAAUCGAUUGACGUUCUGCGAAGGAUCACUCCCCAGCUCAGGAGCUUGGAAUUGGUCUCAAAAAAGUACUGCUCCUCGAUUGAAGAACUGCGUUGUCCGAAGGUAGAAGUCCUGAAGCUAUCCGGUCAAAUUUGCAGAGGAAGUGAACGCGCAGUGUUGACGUUUUUCGAUGGUUUCAAGUGCUUAAAGGAUGUCCGACUGGACUUCGACGUCAAACAUGUGGUUCUGGAUGUGAUAACUCAAGCUUGUCCAGGGAUUGAGCAUUUACAUUUCAAGAAUCAUCAUUUGGAAUCGGAUACCUUUCAGUUACUGGAACGGCUGAAAAACCUUAAGGUAAGUUCGAAACUCAGUGAAUUCUUCGAAUAUCCAUUCGAUUUUUGAGUAAAUUUGCUGUUUCAUUUUUUUUUAUUAAUGUUCUAUAGUAUACAUGUUCUAAUGAUUUUUCUCUCUUUUUUUCAACAGACGCUGAGCAUUAGUGGAAGCAUCGAUUAUCGGAUCAUAUUGAAAUGUAAACCGCUGGUAAGCGUGACGCAUUUUUGCUUCAGUCUGGUCAUACUGAACGACGAAACAAGAAUCUUCAACGGAUUGAAACAGAUGCUGCCAAACGUGGUCGACCUUACCAUCACGCUGACUGCACCUGACCGACAGGACAGCGUUCUGGUACACGCCUGUCAGACCUUUCCGCAUAUCAGGCGACUGACCAUUUGCGAUGCGGCUUUCUUCCUUCGUACGCUAACUGACACCACGUUCCAGCAUUUGCGCAGCUUGAAUCGGCUGGAGGAGCUCAAACUGGAGUCGGUUCUUGUUGCGGUCGAGUACAUGCAACCGAUCGAACGCUUGAAGAGGCUGGAGUUUCACUUCCACAGCAUGACCGACGGAGAGCUGUUGAUGCUGGCCGAUUUGUACCCUAACCUUAAAUAUCUGGGGCUGUCGUGGUGCGAGAACGUGACGGCUAAUGGGGUUGGAAAAUUUCGUGAAAGAUUACCAGACUGUGUUGUACAAUUUGUGUGCGUCUCCGGCGAAUUUUUCGCACCCAUGGUGUUGUGCCACCCACGACAUCUAGAGUGUCAUACACGAUAAGCUUGUGGACUCUAGUGCGGGUACACUAUUUUUAUAUGAUUUUUAUUUUAAUUUGGUUUCUCAAUAAAAGUUUGAAUAAAAGAUUUUCAGUGUAUGGUUAUAGGUUCUUAUGAUUAACUAGCUGUCCCGGCAAACGUUGUCUUGCCCAGCUGUGGUGAUUUGACAACUGUUGAGCUCAUAACAUCACCGCACUCUAGAUUGGUUUGAUUUCGAUCAUGUUGAUUUUCUUCCCAGCUCAUGAAAAAUCAGUACUUUCUAUUUUCUAAAUUUUGGAUUUGUUUUUCGUAACUUUUUAUACAUAUAAACACAGCCACCAUGAAUACGAAUCGAACCGUGUAAAAGUCAUGCUAAUCGGUUCACCCUUUCUUGACUUUUGUUACCUCAAAGGGACUUCAAACUCAUUUUUAUAUAUAUAG